ACCGAUUGCUGUGCUGUCAAACUGUCAAUGGCUAAUAUUUACAAUCACAUAUGAUAAUAUGAAUCAUAUUCGUAUUUAAAUAUUGAAUUAUAAAUAUCAAACGCAUUAAAAAGAAAUAACGAAGUCUUAAAUUAUGAAUUCUGCUACCCCAGGUGUGCCCCAGGUGCCGCUGCUGGACGACGACACCAUCGCCUUUGGGGAAGAAGACAAUGCUAACAAGCAAUUUGUUCAUCCCUACAUAGUAUUCUUCCACCUGAUAUUCAGAAGCUCAGCAAUAGUUGUGUAUAUCCUGUGCGGCUGGUUCUCUGAUUCAUUCAUAGCAAGCUUUGUACUGGUGAUACUACUCUUGUCAGCAGACUUUUGGACUGUCAAAAAUAUUAGUGGUCGUCUUUUAGUUGGGCUGAGAUGGUGGAACUAUGUGGACGAUGAUGGCAAAUCACAUUGGGUGUUUGAAUCACGGCAGAACCGCGUGAAUCGCAAUGAGAGCCGCUUGUUUUGGCUGGGCCUCAUUCUCUGCCCCUUGAUCUGGUCCGGCUUCUUCCUCAUCUGUCUCUUCGGACUUAAGUUUAAAUGGAUGUUGCUGGUGCUAAUAGCGCUCACUCUGACCGGUUCCAACCUGUACGGGUAUGUGAAGUGCAACUUCGGUGCCAAGGAGAACCUGCAGACGGCCACCAAGGACUUUCUGAAGCAGCAGCUGCUGCAGAACGCCUCCUCCUUCAUGUUCUCCCAGCCCGCGCCCCCCACCACCGCCAACACCGGUGUCGUCUAGUCUAACUCAACAACUGUUCUUAAUUGAUUAUGUAUAAUGUAUAAUAUAGUCCAAAUAAAGUUGUCUAAUAAUA